UAACUACUACUUUCAUUUUCCAGAUGACUGACUGACUGACAGAUGAAAGAUAAACUAAUGAUCUUGGCCGCUAUGAAAGUUCACCUUGCUUUCAGUUCUCAGUUCGCAGUGUUCUGUAGGCUACUUGACACUUGGCGAGCUUGUCGUUGGUGAUACUGAUUGCCUUUAUCUGAUCUAUCUAGAAUCUAGAUCUAGGGGGAAUGACCCAUUGGAGCGUGACCCUGGACUUUAGUAGCGUUCGAGUCCCAAGAAGCUGAUGGUUUUUAUGUUGUCCAAGUCAACUUUGAAAGUUUUUCCAUUUUGUACAGUAACUCACAGUUACCAUCGUUUGCGCUGGGCUUCUUUUAUAGCGUGUGCAUUGCAAGUUCGGCAGACCCUACCAACGUGCAGAUCUAGAUCUGUAUCUACUUUUAGAACAGCUGUCUCUGCACUUGGAAGAGACUUCUUAGUUCAGCAACGGAAGGCCAGCAUUUUUAAAUGUUAUUUCGUGAAAGCUGACUUUUGUGGCAUUUCCAAGCACUCCACAAGUGAGUGGAUCAGGGUGCAGAGGUUCAUACUAAUGGAGGUGACAGUGAACGCUAAAGGUUCCAAAGGGAGUCAGAUAAGAAAGGUAAUGGCAACUUCAAACGGUAAAAGAGCAGCAGAGGAAAUAGAAGAAAAAUUUGUGAAAGUUGGUGAAGUGGAAACGUCUCUUCUCACAUUGGGGCACUUUAGAGAUGCAUCCAGCUCAGAGGAUGCCAAGCGAGUGCUUUUCCUAAUCAUUCCAGGCAACCCAGGGGUACCCACGUACUAUGAGGAUUUCAUGCAAGAGCUGUACAGCCAUUGUGAAGGGCAGAUACCUGUGUGGACUGUCGGGCAAGCAGGACAUGUGCAGCCUCCUGAUCAGUCUCUUUCAUUCUCCGAUGUGUUUUCUACAAGAGAUGACAUAUACAGCCUGAAAGCUCAAAUUGAACACAAGGUGACCUUCAUCCGAGAAAACAUUCCUCCAGAUGUUUCUCUUAUCCUCAUCGGCCAUUCCAUCGGGUGCUACAUGAUCCUCAACAUGUUGGAACAUUUACCCAGCAGCCAGGUCCUCCGCUGCUUCAUGCUGUUUCCCACAGUAGAACGCAUGGCCACCUCACCCCAGGGGCAGGCCAUGACCCCGGUCUUACGCUACUUACGAUGGUUCCUUGUCGCUGCUGCUCUGUUUGUCGUUAUGAUUCCUAUGAGCAUCCGCCGCCCCUUGAUUGAAUGGCACUUCCGGAGAGCGGAUUGCCCUCCGUGUCUGUACGACGGAGUUGUGAGGACGUUGACGCCGUGGACGGCAAACUUUGCCUCAUAUCUCGCUAAGGUGGAAAUGAACGAAGUAACAGAACUUCAGGAACAUCUGAUCAAGAAACAUCUGAAAAAGCUGAGUUUUUAUUACGGAACGCGUGACCACUGGGCACCUGUGCAGUAUUUCUACGACCUCAAGACGACGUUUCCUGAUGUGGACGCCAGGCUGUGCUCGCUGAACUUGAAGCACGCCUUUGUUCUGGAGACCCCCGAGGGGAAAGCCAUGGCCAAGAUUGUGUGGCUGUGGGCUCAGUCUCAUCACCACACGGUGCUCUCACACACGGGCAGCGUGGAUCAGGAGACGUGGGCCUUUGACGGUUGAUGAAGGCCUUGUUUUUACUACAGGUGUUGAGGCUAGUCUUAGAUUUUUAAUAUGUGCGGAAAAAUUUCUACAUAAAAUGUGAACUUGAAGAAACUUGACAUUUUGUUGUGUUUAUUUUAACCUUUUCAAGAGAAACUGGAACCAAAAAAUUGUCGGUGGGAUGGGGGUUAUUAUUUAAGUAAAAGAAAUUUUUCAUGGCCAGUUUAUUAGAGCUUUAUUCUGCUGUAGAAUUUGAGUCUUCAAUUUAUAAGAAAUUGUGAAGAGCUUUCUGUGUGUCAAUUUGCAAGAAAUUUAUUGCAUUUAGAAUUGUUUGUUGAAAGCGUCUGUAUGCAUCGAGAUAUAUAUUUUGACUGGUAAGAAUGACAUAGAGCGAUCAGAUUAUCAGGUGAUCGUUAUAUUCCAAAUGCUUACGAGAUGCCGGUUGUGUCCUUUGAACUUGACCUCUUUUCAGCAUGCACUGUGUGCCUUUGCUACCAUCUUGAAGCGAGUCAAGCUUCUGGCAAAUACAGUCCGGCAUGGACUACUCAAACAUGUCAGGGAUUGAUGAAUAUGUAUUUGACAUGUCCAUGGUGUGGGUAAACGCUUAUUGUGAAAAAUUGAAGUGAUAGCAGUCGGGGAAUGACAAAUUGUAAAAGCUAUUGGUGGUUUUGAGUUUUCCGUGUUCGUGUUAUUUGUGCCUGACUGUAUGUAUGCUUUUCCCACCAGUUUGUGAAGCCUGAAGCCUCAACAAUCACUGGUCAAAUGUUAAUUUAUUGAUGAUAUGAUGAUUUCACCCGUGACAGACAAAGUGGCAAGAGGAUUUUAGUCUCUUGCUGCAUAAUGAUUGAAAAUGAUAGGUUCACACUAAAUAAAUACACAGAUGUGUUAUUGUCUUCAUGAAAAUAUCCUUGUUCUGUGAUAGCUGUCCCAUGUACUUUUUUAUUUAUUUUUUUCCAGAAAAUAAGAACAGUGGUUUUAAUACUAAAA